CAUUCGAUGUGAGCGGACGUUUAAAGCGCGUGUGCCGUGCCGCAGAUAAGAAAACAUUGCAGUGCUAUCACCAGAGUAGAAAACAGAAUCGAAUCAAAUACAUUAAUUCACAGUUAAACGACGAGAAAUCAGAAAAACCCCCGCCCUACGGAAAUCAAAAUCACAAGUUGAUAAGUGCCAAAACAAAAAUCAAUAACGAUCGCAUACAAUGCAGCGCCCCAAAAAGUGCUCCAAACUGUGCUGAACAAAAAGAGAAAUAAGCAAAACAAACAACAGAAAAUCUAUAUUUAAUCUAUACUAUAUCUAUGUGUAAUCGAAUCGAAAAUGGCAGUCGAACAAAUUGAUAAAAUGGCAGCUAAAGCCGGAGAAGCUACAAAUAAAUGGAUUAAGCCACAGCAGACAGCAGCGCCGCUGCUAACGCUUCUGCUGCUCUUGGCCACGUUUAGUCAGCUGCCAGCCGCGCGCAGCAGCGGCAUCUUGGACGCAGCCAGUCUGCAGGAGAAGGAUCCCCUGAGGGACACCAGCAUGAACAUGAUCCAGCGCAACUACAUGGUGAUGCACUCGGCCAGCGGCUCCGGCGACCACAGCCGCUCCCUGAAGCGCGCCAACCUGGCCAACUCGAGCAUCACCUGCAACGAUGGCAGCCACGCCGGCUUCUACCUGCGCAAGCAUCCCAGCUCCAAGAAGUGGAUCGUCCUACUCGAGGGCGGCUGGCACUGCUUCGACGUGCGCUCGUGCCGCGCCAGGUGGAUGCGCCUGCGCCACCUCAUGACCUCCUCCCAGUGGCCAGAGACGAGAGAUGUUGGAGGCAUUCUGUCGCCCCAUCCCGAGGAGAAUCCCUACUGGCACAAUGCCAACCACGUGCUCAUCCCGUACUGCAGCAGUGACUCGUGGUCGGGAACGCGAACGGAGCCGGAUACCAGCGAUCGGGAGAACAGUUGGCGCUUCAUGGGAGCCCUGAUCCUGCGCCAGGUGAUCGCAGAGCUGAUUCCCGUCGGAUUGGGUCGAGUGCCUGGUGGAGAACUGCUUCUCGUGGGCUCAUCGGCUGGUGGCCUGGGUGUGAUGCUCAAUUUGGAUCGCAUUCGCGACUUUCUUGUCAACGAGAAAAAGCUACAGAUCACCGUGAGAGGAGUGAGUGACUCUGGCUGGUUCCUGGACAGAGAGCCAUACACGCCGGCGGCAGUGGCCUCCAAUGAGGCAGUGCGUCAGGGAUGGAAGUUGUGGCAGGGCCUGCUGCCCGAGGAGUGCACCAAAAGUUAUCCCACGGAGCCCUGGCGGUGUUACUACGGAUACCGCCUAUAUCCCACUCUAAAAACGCCCCUUUUCGUCUUCCAAUGGCUUUUCGACGAGGCCCAAAUGCGAGUGGAUAAUGUUGGAGCACCCGUAACGCCGCAGCAGUGGAACUACAUCCACGAAAUGGGCGGCGCCCUGAGAUCCUCGCUGGAUAAUGUGAGCGCCGUUUUCGCACCCAGUUGCAUCGGUCAUGGAGUGCUGUUCAAACGCGACUGGGUUAAUAUCAAGAUCGACGAUAUAUCCUUGCCCUCGGCACUGCGCUGCUGGGAGCACUCAACACGCAGCAGGCGUCAUGACAAGCUCAAGCGUUCCACGGAGCCAUCGACGGCGGUCUCGCAUCCACCACAUGCCAAUAACCAAAGACACCAGCGACACCGCCAGCGGCUGCAGCGCCAGAAGCAGAACAACGUGGCCCAAACUGGAGGGCAGCAGCGGAGGCACAAUCACCUGAGCAAGGAGGAGCGGGAGGAGCGGAAACGAGUGCGCCAGGAGCAGCGACAGAGGCGCAAGCAACGGCGCCGCCAGCAGCAGCAGAAGAAGGCGCAGGAGCAUCGGAACAAGAAGGAUAACAGCCCCAAUGAGCAGCGGAAGCAGCGGCGGCGCCAGCAGCUGACUCCCGAGGAAAGGCAGGAGCAGCGAAAGCGACGCAGGAAGGCCCAGCAGCAGCAGAUGAAAAUGCAGCGGGAACAGCCGGCAGCCGGAGUCUUGCUGCAGGCGAGUGCGCCCCAGAAGACACGCUCCUCCAACAACGCCUCCGCGGGCACAAAGUCCAAGAAGCGCAAUCGCGUGCCGCGAGUGCCGGAGAAGUGCGGCCUCCGUCUCCUGGAACGCUGCAGUUGGCCGCAGUGCAAUCACUCCUGUCCCACGCUCACGAAUCCCAUGACCGGCGAGGAGAUGCGCUUCCUGGAGCUGCUCACCGCCUUCGGCUUGGACAUCGAGGCGGUGGCCGCCGCUCUGGGCGUCGACAUGCACACGCUCAACAACAUGGAGCGCACCGAAUUGGUCAACAUGCUCACCCAGCAGGCCAACUAGGCUCACCAAAUACCCUGUACCCCUUGGGGGGAUCCAAAAAUGGGCAUGAAAAUCGUAGGAGAACGAAAAUCCUUAAGGGAUAUUAUGCACAGUUUCUUGGUUUCUAUCUUAAAGCGUAAAACUUGACAAGUUAGCUAAAUAUCUAGUGAUCUUAAACUACAAGAGAGUUCUGAUCCCUUAGCUGUAUUAACUGAACAUCAUUAACAGAAAAGAAGAUCAAUAAGGAAAAAGUUCUUCCUUUUAACUUUGAUUAUUUCUAAAAAUAGAACACCCUACGAUUUGCAAGCACUUUUUGGAGGUCUAUGGAACUCGAACCACCCUACUGUAAAUAGGCGCCCCUUAUAUAUAUAGUUUGUAGGUGGGGCCGCUUUGUAAAUAUUACAUAACACCACCCCAAACACACUCACAUUAGCGGAGAUAACUCCAAUUCCUAGAACACACCAAGAAGAAAAGACAUGCGCAUAGUACCCAGUAAUUAAGCAGAAUUUAUUUAUAGUCCUACUCGAACUGCAACUCCUAUUCGUAUUCGUACUCGUAUUCACAUUCACAUUCGCCACAUUUAUUCAUUCGCAUUCUGCAAUCAUAAUCAAAGAAAUGAAAUCUGCUUAACGAGAAACUAAACACAAAUGCAACCACAAGACUGUUUUUAUGUUUUUUUACAUAUAUAUAUUGAUAAAUAUCAUAGUUUACAUAGAUAUGCUUAGUGAACGUAAAUGUUUAUGUAAUUUAUUUGAUAAUUUAUGGGCCGUUUAGGAUUUUACUUUUGUGUGGAAUCUAGACUGCUUCACAUGCCCCACGCAUAUGAUUAUUAUUUUUUUAUAUAUUUUUUUUUUAUACACUUAUUUUGUACCUACCUCAGAUCAGUAAGAAUGAAUGAAAUUGAUAAACAGCUGCCUUCACAUAGCAUUGCGUACCUGUGCAACGAAAAUCAAAUACUUAAUACUUAACUUAAUACCGCCCGCAUUCCGUUGAAGAGAAAAUGAAUAAAUACAUAAAAGAUACAACAGCAAGCUAAAUAGCUAAUCAGAAGCGAAGUGAACAAAUCGAGUAAAUAAUUGUAGCAAUGUUUGUAAAGAAUUUCUAGAUAAACGAGAAUAAAUCGCACACAAAUUAACUAUUUAAAAGUAGUAACUUAUGCUAAGCCUGUACAGAACUGGUUGAAGUUUAGCCCUAAGAAUUGUUGUACUUAAACUUAGUGAUAAUCAUACACGUAAUGCAAUUCGCAAGCUUAAUAGCUUUUGUUAGCGUUGUUCAAAUGAACUGGUUAUCAUUUUCAAAAGAUGAAAUCGACCAAUGUUUGAAGAAGGAAGCCAAUCCAAUA